UCUCUCUCGUCUUAUAUCUACUAGACCAAGCAGAUCUCUCACCUCUCCUCUUUCUCUCUCUUUCUCUUUAUCUCCUUUCUUUCAUAACUCAUAAUCAACAAAAGCAGACCCAAGGAGUUGGUUAAUCUGUCAAUCAAUCAAUCAGUCAAUCAAUCAGCCAGUGGGAGCAAUCAAAUCACAUCCAAGAGAACAGGGAAUCAAAGAUGUCCUCCUCUUCAACCUUGUCGCUGGACCACCUCCCUCCUUCCGAGCAGCUCUGUUAUGUCCAUUGCAACAUUUGCGACACCGUUCUCGCGGUGAGCGUUCCUUGCACCAGUCUGUUCAAGACUGUUACUGUUCGAUGUGGACACUGCACUAACCUGUUGCCAGUAAACCUUCGUGGAUUGCUUCUACCUUCAGCCAAUCAGCUUCACCUGGGCCACGCCUUCUUCUCUCCUUCCCAUAAUAUUCUGGAAGAGAUGCCAAAUCCAUCUCCGAACUUUUUGAUCAAUCAGACCACCGCAAAUGACUUUUCUGUGUUAGCUAGAGGAGGAGCUGAUGAACUUCCCAGACCCCCGGUGAUUAACAGACCUCCGGAGAAGAGACAGAGAGUCCCGUCCGCGUACAACCGAUUCAUCAAGGACGAGAUCCAACGCAUCAAGGCGGGAAACCCUGAUAUAACUCACAGAGAAGCCUUCAGUGCAGCUGCAAAGAAUUGGGCCCAUUUCCCUCACAUCCACUUUGGACUCAUGCCUGAUCAGACGAUGAAGAAGGCUAACGUGCGCCAACAGGAAGGAGAGGACGUUCUCAUGAAAGAUGGCUUCUUUGCUUCUGCCAAUGUCGGUGUCUCUCCUUACUAGAAGUGGACUUGUGUUGGUUUUUCUUUGUUCCUCUCUUUCCAUCUGUUGUAAGCGCCUUCUCUCUCUCUCUCUCUCUCUCUCUCUCUCUCUCUCUCUUCUCUCUUGUAGAGAAGACUUCUAGCAGUAGUCUUUAUUGCACGGCUUCCUAUUGAAAAUGGGGAAGAAAGGUUUUCAAGUUCGGAUGCUUGUCAAGUCUAACAACUUCAAUAUCUACGUGACCCAUUUGCCAAUCAAGGUCUUUCAGUGUUGAUACUUCUCUAGCCCGCAUGUACUUUCAAACCUUUAUGUCUACUUUUGUUUGGAAGACUUAUCCUUAAUGCUUCGAUAAUUAUCAUCAGCAAUGUAGCUUUGCUAAAUCAACUAGUUUCUUGUCUUUCAUGUUUC